UAUGUUCGCCAACAAACAUCACAAGAAAAAGAGGAGCACAGUGUUUACGUAUAGUUGGAGUUUAUUUUUUUGUCGUUUGUUUCGUUUUUUUUUUUUCUGGAUCCAUUCACACAGGUAUCGACCCCAAAUUUUUAGUCUCAUGGCCACAAGCAGCUGCUGCAGCAUCUCUCAGGAACUUCUUCUUUAGCAGAGAUUGUAUUAAAAAUGAGCAACCCAGUCUACUUUACCAGAGCCAAAGAAGAGGAAAACCUCUGGAUAGAAAGAAAGAGAGAAGACAAACAAUCAAUUACUGGGAAGGAGGCCAGAGACUUUUACCAAAGCUUGCUACAAGAGACAGAUGGAGAAAAGCGAAAAGAAGGAGGAGCAGCAUCCACAAGAAGAGCGAAGAGAAGAGGAGCAGGACCCAAACAAAGAAGAAGAAAAGCACAAAGGCCAGAAGCUGCUCCUGUUGAACCAGUUAACACCUCAGAGCGUGAUGGGCACAAACUCCUCCGAUGUGCCCAGGAGGGCAACAUUCGGGCCCUAAAGGACCUAUUGCAGCAUGGUUGUGAUGUCAACUUCCGUGAUGAUUUUUACUGGACGGCAGUGAUGUGUGCAAGUAAGGCAGGACAAACAGAGGCUGUUAGGCUCCUCCUGCAAAACGGCGCUGCUUGGGUGGGAGUGGUGGACAAACAGGGAAGAGAUGCACGUGAUCUGGCCCUGAAGGCAGGUCACCAGGAUGUAGUGAGAGAACUGGAGCAGUUUAGUGUGUCAGAGGUCACAGACGCACCUACUACAAACAAUGCAGAGAGUGUCAGUUCUCAGUGGUGUAAUGUGUGUGCUGUGCAUUACACAGACAGCACUGAAACACACAACAGGUCCACACUGCAUCAGUUCAGUAAGCUCCGUCCCCCGCCCACCCCUCAAUACUGCCUGCCCUCUUCCAGCGCCAGCUAUAAAAUGAUGCUCCGGUUGGGGUGGGACCCCUCUUCUGGUCUUGGACCCGCCCACUCCGGCCGCAAAAACCCAGUAAGCACUGUACUAAAGAGAGAUCAGGCGGGCUUGGGAUAUGGAGUGGCCCCGCAGCCCAAAGUCACACACUUCCAGCCCAAAGAUCCUAAAGCAGUGCAACACAUACAUAAAGAGAAAAGACUGAGACAAGAGAAAGGAACAACACUCAGUGCGAAAAAACUUAAGAAGAAAGAAGAACGAGACAAGAGAUGGGAGAGAGACUACCGUGCUUCAUUUAACUUUGACUUCUGAUCUAUCGUGCUUUUGUUUAGAAUUUUGGAACACAAACUUUUCAUUUUUUAGUAAAAUUCAGAUGAAACAUGUUGCUUUGACAGUAACAAUUUUUAUUCAGGCCUGAAAGACUAUGUGGUGUCUGCUGAAAUUGUUGAAAACUAGACAUUUUGCAGAAGACAAAAUGGAUGAAACGUUAUUAAGUUUGCCAAUGGGUUGUUAUUACAUAAUUAUCUUAGAAAACAUGAUUAAACUUGCUUUGUUUUGGA